AUGAUACACUGUGACUACCACAUCAGUAGCACCAACAGUAACUACACCAACACCAAUCAACAUGACCGCAGCUCCAAACACUAUAGCACCAGCAACAUCUACCACAACUGUUGCACCAACCACCACAAGUACAGUGCCAUUCAUUACAACAGCAGCUCCGACCACCACAACUGCUGCACCAACCACCACAAGUACAGUGCCAUUCAUUACAACAGCAACUCCGACCACCACAACUGCUGCACCAACCACUACAAGUACAGUGCCAUUCAUUACAACAGCAACUCCGACCACCACAACUGCUGCACCAACCACUACAAUUACAGUGCCAUUCAUUACAACAGCAACUGUGACAACCACAACUGCUGCACCAACCACUACAAGUACAGUGCCAUUCAUUACAACAGCAACUCCGACCACCACAACUGCUGCACCAACCACCACAACUGCUGCACCAACCUCUACAACUACAGUGCCAUUCAUUACAACAGCAACUCCGACCACCACAACUGCUGCACCAACCACCACAACUGCUGCACCAACCACUACAAUUACAGUGCCAUUCAUUACAACAACAACUGCGACCACCACAACUGCUGCACCAACCACCACAAGUACAGUGCCAUUCAUUACAACAGCAACUCCGACCACCACAACUGCUGCACCAACCACCACAACUGCUGCACCAACCUCUACAACUACAGUGCCAUUCAUUACAACAGCAACUCCGACCACCACAACUGCUGCACCAACCACCACAACUGCUGCACCAACCACUACAAUUACAGUGCCAUUCAUUACAACAACAACUGCGACCACCACAACUGCUGCACCAACCACCACAACUGCUGCACCAACCACUACAACUACAGUGCCAUUCAUUACAACAGCAACUGCGACCACCACAACCGCUGCACCAACCACCACAACUGCUGCAUCAUUCCUUACAACAGCAGCUCCGACCACCACAACUGCUGCACCAACCACUACAACUACAGUGCCAUUCAUUACAACAGCAACUGCGACCACCACAACUGCUGCACCAACCACCACAACUGCUGCACCAACCACCACAACUGCUGCACCAUUCUUUACAACAGCAGCUCCGACCACCACAACUGCUGCACCAACCACUACAACUACAGUGCCAUUCAUUACAACAGCAACUCCGACCACCACAACUGCUGCACCAACCUCUACAACUACAGCACCAUUCCUUACAACAGCACCUCCGACCACCACAACUGCAAUAACUAUACCAACCGCAAUCAACAUGACCGCAGCUCCAAGCACUAUAGCACCAGCACCAUCCACCACAACUGCUGCCACAACAACCACCACAACUGCUGCACCAACCACCACAACUGCUGCACAAUUCCUUACAACAGCACCUCCGACCACCACAACUGCUGCACCGACCACUACAACUGCAAUAACAUUCAUUACAGCAGCAACUUCAAUUAUCACAACUUCAGCACCACUCACAAAAACAACCACCACAGAAGCCCUGCAAGCACUAGCACAUAUGAAGAUGAGGAUAACUACCUAUGGAGCGGUCAGCAAUGCAACAAUCAUCAGACUUCUUCAAGAGUUUUUUAGCAACCAGAUCCUGAAUGGAACAGCCCACAGUCUCUCUGUGACAAACAUUCAACAAGUGAGAGUUGGCCCAUAAACACUUUGCAUGGAUGGAAGUCUACAUGAAAACAUAACAUGUUUAGCCGACUGUUCUCAUUAAAUUGUUGGCUGUCUGAGUGGAGUCCAAAGAACAAUGUUGGCUUUAUAGAUGCUUGGGAAACUUUCUGGGGAAAAAUGGAUCUUGUUAGAAGAGAUGGUAGCCAUCUCACUUUGCAUGUAGCAGCUCUCAUUUCUAAAAAGUGACUGUCCAGAGUUGAGACCAGGAAGGAGAGUUGCAGUCUCACACGCCUCGCUGCAGCUUCUCUCCUCCCAUUAUCACAUCGGCACCUAAUAGUAAAACAGCAAAAUGUGGAUUAUUAAACUUUAGGUCUCUUCCUUCUAAUUCCCAGUUAGUACACGAAUUAAUAAUUGAUCAACAAACUGAUCUACUCUGCCAAACAGAAACCUGAUUACAGCAGGAUGAUUAUGUUAGUUUAAAUGAAUCAACACCUCCAAGUUAUACAGAAUCCUAGAAGCACAGGCCGAUUGGGUGUGUGGCAGCAAGUGUCUCACUAAUCUAGAAGAUCAUCAUUUACCUUUGGCCUUUGGUGAAGCUAGAACAUCUUCCUAUUCAUCACAGAUCGAUGAAAAUAAGAAGAACCCUAAGUUUCAUUUCAGCACUGUAGCCAGACUGACAAAAAGUCUGAGCUCUUUUGAGACAAGUAUUCCUUUAACUAGUAAUGAGUUCAUGAAUUUCUUCUCAAGUAAAAUUUUAACUAUUAGAGCAACAAUUACUUAAAAUUAAGUUCAGCUACUCAGUAACAUUAAUAUUUAUUUAGAGUCUUUUUCUCCAAUUGAUCUUUCUGACUUAACUCCAGUUAUUACUUCCUCCAAACCAUCAACAUGUCUCUUAGACCCCAUUCCUACAAAACUGCUCAAA